UAGAAGCAGCAGCAGCAACAACAACAACAGGUACACAUGCGGCAUUUAAUCAUGACCCCAACGUCGCUGUCGAUGUCGACGCCAACGCUCUCUUCGCUGCAUCAUCAGCGCAUGUCGCAGUCGCAGUCGCAGCUGACGCUUCAGUCGCAGUCACCGUCACCGUUGACGCCGCAUUCGGCGUCCCCAUCAUUUUUCGGCAUCUCCGGCACCUCCCCGCACUUCCCGGCCAACUAUGAGCGCAGCGAAAAAAUUAAACUCAAAAGAGUCUUGGGACUGACUGUUUGCAGCAAUGCGGCACUCGAUGUGUCGCCUGUCAGCGGCCUGCUGGCCUAUCCAGCGGGAUGCACUGUGGUCCUGUUCAAUGCCAAGCGUCACACACAGGCCUAUCUGGUCAAUACCUCCCGCAAAGCAUUCACAUCCGUGGCCUUCUCGCGCUGCGGCCGUUACGUGGCCACAGGCGAGUGCGGCAUCAAUCCCGCCAUUAAAGUUUGGGAACUGGAGACGCCCAAUGGCAAUCUGGAAAACUGCAGUGGCGGCAGCGUCGUUGCCGAGUUCGUGGAUCACAAAUACGCCGUUACCUGUGUGGCAUUUUCGCCCACGGGCAAGUACCUGGUGUCGGUGGGCUCCCAGCACGACAUGAUUGUCAACGUGUUUGACUGGCGCGCCAAUCUUAAAAUGGCCUCCAACAAGAUAAGCUCCAAGGUGGCGGCCGUUUGCUUCUCUGAAGAUGGAAGUUACUUUGUCACAGUGGGCAAUCGUCAUGUCAAAUAUUGGUACUUAGAGGGUGGACGCAAGUACAAAGAUCCGAUCCCGCUUAUGGGCCGCAGCGCCAUUCUGGGCGAUCUUCGCGACAAUGACUUUUGCGCCGUCGCCUGCGGCAAGGGCAUCUGCUCAGAAAGCACCUACGCCAUCACACGGCAGGGACACCUGGUGGAGUUCAGCUCGCGGCGAUUGCUCGACAAGUGGGUGCAAUGCCGCACCAGCAACGCCAAUUGCAUUUGCGUCAACGAACGGUUUAUACUUGUCGGCUGUGCCGAGUCCAUCAUACGCAUCUUUAAUGCAGCCACCUUGGAGUACGUGACGACCCUGCCGAGAACACAUUAUCUAGGCGUAGAUGUGUCCCAGGGUAUUCAGAUCAACCACAUUAUGUCUGUGCCCCAGCAGGCCAAGUUUCCCGAUUGUAUUGCCAUGGUUUUUGACGAGCAGCGUUCCAAGGUCAGCUGCGUCUACAACGAUCACUCGCUGUACAUCUGGGAUCUGCGCGACAUAACGCGCGUCGGUAAAUCACACUCAUUCCUGUAUCACUCCACGUGCAUUUGGGGCGUGGAGACUGUGCCAUAUAACGUGGAGCGCGAAGCCUCGCAGACGUUGCCGGAGGACUGUUUUGUUACCUGCUCGUCGGACGACACGAUACGCGUGUGGGGCCUAGAAAGUUGUGCCAACAAUGAGAUAUAUCGCAAGAAUAUAUAUUCCAAAGAGCUACUCAAGAUCAUCUACAGCGACGAGGAUUUGCAGUACAUCAAGGACCAGGGCUCAUCGCUCUUCGACAAGGCCGGCAACUCAAGCUACGACGGCCGCAACGGCGUGCGCUGCAUCAAAAUCAGUCCAGAGCUACAGCAUCUGGCUAGCGGCGAUCGCUGUGGCAACAUACGCGUCUACAGUCUGGUCAACCUCAAGCUGCUGACCACCAUAGAGGCGCACGAGUCCGAAGUGCUCUGCCUGGAGUACUCCAAUGAGAAGAUUGAACGCAAACUGCUCGCAAGCGCCAGUCGCGACCGGCUUAUUCACGUGUUUGACGUCUCGCAGAACUACCUGCUGCUGCAGACCUUAGAUGAUCACAGCUCCUCCAUCACUUCCAUUAAAUUUGUGGGAGCUGGACUCAACUUUCAGAUGAUAAGCUGCGGUGCAGACAAGUCUAUUAUGUUUAGAAGCUUUCAGGGUAACAUCUUUAUGCGCGGCACAAACACCUCUGGCAAGACAACGCUCUACGACAUGGAGGUAGACUCAAACGCCAAGCACAUUCUGACCGCGUGCCAGGACCGUAAUGUUCGUGUCUACGGCACUCAGAACGCAAAGCAAACCAAAACCUUUAAAGGCUCCCACUCGGACGAGGGUAGCCUGAUUAAACUAAGCCUGGAUCCGAGCGGUAUUUACGUGGCCACCUCCUGCACGGACAAGACGCUCGCCGUCUACGAUUACUACUCCAGCGAGUGCAUGGCGCGCAUGUACGGGCACAGCGAGCUGGUCACGGGCCUCAAGUUCACCAACGACUGCCGGCACCUCAUCUCGGCCAGCGGCGACGGCUGCAUAUUCAUCUGGCAGGUGCCGCACGACAUGAUUGUCACCAUGCAGGCGCGCAUGUCCCAGCAGCGUCUGCGCUCCGGCAUUGCUCCGCUGCAGCGACCACUGGCGCCUAUUUCGCCGCCAGAUGCUAUCGUGGUCGAGUCUCCGAACAGCGAGCUGGAGCACGCGCAGCUAGCUCCCAAGUUCGCAGUAGCUGAAGAGACGCAGCCCAAUCGCCAUGCCUACAGGCUGUCCGACGUGGGCCAGCUGCCGCAGUGGGCCAUGCGCAAGGCGGCAGAAUCGGAGAGCGGCGCGCUGUCCAUACCAACGCCUGUUGUUGGCGGCUUGUCGGCUGCGACAAUUCAUGCGGCGUCAUCCAUGGGCAACCUUAGCUCAUCGCCCAGUCAACAGUUGGGCGUGGCAGCGCCACGCGCUCGUGGACGCUGGGCACAGCGCAGCAGUCAACUGGAGUCGGAGGAUCUGCGCUCGAAUUCCGAGAGUCCGUUGGGCACAGUCUCUUCCGUGGUCGGCCAUAAUUUACAAACCUCCGACUACAAUAGCGCUUCCUCCAAGGACAUCAUGUACAAUCAGACGUACCUGAGCGAGGACUCGUCCAUUGACUCGGGCAUGGAGACGCGACGGGAUCUUAAGUUUGUUGGCAGCAACAACACUGGCACCAUCUCCAACAUCUCAGCCACUACCUCCUGCACAAAUGCUCCUGCGGCUCCUGGCGUUGGUCAACAGCGAUUGCUCCUCGACAAACGCAAGCCCGGAAUGCGCUUCGACACGCACACUCACGAUCACGACGGCGAUGUUGAGGAUAUCUCGGAUGGCGAACGAACCAGCUCUGAUCACGGCAUGUUCUACAACAAUCUGGCACCCAGCACGCCAACCGACUUCAAGGUGACCGCCAUGAACGAGGAGGAGCUGCGAAAAUCGGUGCGCCGCCAGAAAUUUGAAAAGUCCGGCCUUCAAUUGGCCACAGCCAGUGGCAACGGCAGCUCCCACACGGCCAGCACCGGAACUGGAACCGGAACAUCGGACACCGAGGACGAGGGCUCGACGCCCAGUGCUGAAAAUGCCGAGCGCUCGUUGGCCUCAACUCUGGGCGGCAGCUCCGAGAACUUGCCACAGAGCAGCAAUAGCUUUCUGCAUGCGGCACUGCCAGAAGGCCCUGGAAUGUUGUUGGAGCGCGGCACAAGCAGCCGUCGCAGCAUCAGCGCCAAGCACAACACGGAGAACGGCAAGGGCGUGUCAGCGGCGCCGACCAUCACGAAGUCAUAUACAAGCACCAAGAAAGAGGAGUUACUCCAGGUCAUCAACAAGGUCAAGCAGCAGCUGGAGAAUGGCACGCACAAAAAUGGUAUUAAAAAAUUAAAUACCAUAGCCGAGGUCGGCCAUAGACCCCUGCGAGGCAGCCAUAGCAUUUCGGAUCUAAGUCUUGCGGGAAACUUUGAUGGAUCGCGCAAUUCCGGCCCGAUGCGCUACACGAAGCCAGCUGAUUCCCACGAUACUUCACAGUACAUUAGGUCCACAAGCUCAUCCACUGCAAACGCAUCGCCUCAGCAGCUUCCGCUUCCGCCUCCACAACAACAACAACAACAACACGCUCAGCAUUAUGGCUGCUCUGUGCAGCACUUCUUUAACAGCGCCGCUUCCAAGUCGAAACUACAACAGAACUUUCAAACCAUGCGUCAAGUGCAGCAACAUUAUCCGCCCUAUCCGCAUCACGUGGGCGUGCAUCAGAUACACCCGCCACCGGGCGUUCCAUUUGGCCACAACAAUGCCGCCUACGUGUCCGCCAGCUCGGCAGCAGCGAGACAGGGCACAGCGAAAACAACGCCACGGCGCAAUCCGGCGGGAAACAAUCGGCGUACCCCGAGCAUUCUUAAGCAUUACAAAUCGUGUCCAGUCUCGCCUGUUCACGAAGAGGUGGAGUGGUCGGCAGAAGCGGAGCGAGUCGCACCCGCCGAACCCAAGCGACAUUCGGUGUACGCGGACGACGCACGCACAAUUCUGGACAUGAUUCACGCGGACACCGAAAAGAUGAUUGACGAAAUAACGCGCAAGUACGGUGAUCUUGAUGAACCGUCCAGAUAUGCUGUUCUGCCCGCUUCCUGCUCCGUGCCGGCCAAUCUGCGCGCCUUGGACUCCACCAGCGAGUCCACGCCAGCGGCGACUCCACCACGCGCCCAAUACUAUGUCUACCGCGAAAUCUAUCAGUGCGAGCGGAAAGUGUCGCUGUCGGAUAUUCUAAAGCCAGAGCAGUUUACUGAGACGCAACAGCGCCUGGAGGAGGCGCGCUUCCUGGAGACACAGCGCCACUCCAGUGCCAGCUUCUUUCUGAGCAGCUCCGGCCAGCUGCCGCACGAGCACAGCCAGGAGUCGCUGCUCUCCGAUGGCGGCAGCUACUGCAACAGUCUCGAGAGCGUGCUCUCCGACGAAAGCGACUGCAAGAGUGCACCCCUUGAGCCCGCUCUAGACCAGCAGCGGCCCUUGCAGGCGAUGCAGUGCCACGCUGGCAUACGCAACUUUAUUCUGCACGGUCCCGUCUCCAAGUCGUAUGGCAACAGUCCCAAUGCCUACGGCAGCUUUGACUACUACAUGCACCAGCAAACGGCCGCUACAGCGGCGGCUACUUACGACAGCUUCGAUGUCACCGGCUACAACCUGAAGCCGCUGAAGCCGCUGCCCAGCUCCAAGACAUUCCCUCGCCUUGCCUCGGUCGCAACAGGAACUGGCGCCGUGGAGCACAUUCCCACAAUGCGAUCUAAGAACAAGCAAUACAAUUCCGGAGUCAAUAAGAGUCUCAGCACUGACUUUGCCCAACAGCGGCAGCAGCGCAACUCAAAUCCCCUGUCUCAGUCCCACUCGCAGCCCAGUCGCUAUGCCCCAGCCCCAGCCCCAUCGCAAUCCCAAUCCCGAUCCCAACCACCUGCACGUCCCAAUAGCCAGCUGCUGUUUGUGCGCAAGCAACUCAAGCCGAAGCCUCCCAUACCAGCGAAACCACACAAUCUGGUGUCCACGCUCACAUGCAACGUUGAGAAGAGCCAGCCUUGCGUGGGCACCUCCAGGACGGCCACGGUGGUGCGCCAGUUCGAGCACAAUCUGCUCAAGUUUGAGCGCGAGAAACAGCGCACACAGCAUCGUCCGCUGCCCGCGAUGAGGUACUCGGUGAGCAGCGGCGCAUUGGCCACGCCCAGCUGCCUGAAGAAGGUGUCGCGCUUCGACACCAGCGAGAGCAGCCGACGCGCCACCAGCGUGCGCCAGAAAUCACGGCCCAAGAUCAGCGUCCGUUUCAAUACCGUAUCGCAAAUAAAGUACACGCCCAGCGCAAAGCGGGAGCGCGCCGGCCUCAACGGUGUCAACAGCAAUGAAAUUGAAUCGGAGGCGCUGGAGGCGCCGCUCGUGGGCAGUCUGCCCAGCGACUAUGGUGGCGAACGCAGCUUCGAGAUGUACUUCGCAGAGAACGGCAAUGCGCCGGAGAAUUUGGAGAAUAUGGAGAAUAUGCAAAGCUUGAAGCUGUACAAGAAGCCCCAACUACAGGCGGUCGUCGAUGAUAUUCAACAGGAGCGCGCCAAGCACAAAAAGAACAUGGACAAUGUGGUGCGCUCCGGUGGCAAUUCCACCAGUCACCAGUGCCAGAACAUUGCCAAGAAGAUAGACAUCAUUGAGAAGCUAAUCGCCAUGGAGGAGCGCAAAAUAGAGCAGAUACGAAAGGCCACGGAGACCCGACUGCGUCCCUUUGCCUGCAAUUCGAAGCAAAAGGGCUACGUGAAGAGUCUGACCAUGAACUUUGACAUGCUGGCGCGUGCCCAGGACCAGCAUCAUCUGCAGCUCGGCGAGCAUAUGCCCGCCACCGAUGCGGAUCUGUGUGCCUAUGCGCGUCACAUACGCAGGAACUGCAGCCUGCCGGACGUGCUGGAGAGCUCCGACUUUGGCUAUCAUCGCGCCCACGGCAACGGAAACGACGUGGAGCUGGCCAAGGAAGUGAUUGCCGAUGAUGACGCGACGGCAAGCACUCAACGAUGUGGCCAUCUUGACUCCGACAGUGAGCAAAUGGACACCGCGAAAUCGAAUGCUGACGAUCCUCAGGGGCGGCUGCUGCACGGGCUGCCCGUCGAGCAUCCACAAGGUAAUCCCAAGUUGAUCAAUCCCAUCCCCAUUGAGGAGUCGUCGAUUCGUCGCGCCUGCUCGCUGAGUGAUCUGCAUAUGGGAAACUUUGGCAAGCCCAGCAAGUCCAAUGGCACGCCUCAAAAGCCCACGGCCCAGCAUCGAAACGGCAACAUCGCUCGAUCGGCCAGCAAACGCAACAGUCUGCAGGGAAAAUCCGGCCUGGGCGCCUCCAGCAACUCCAUGAACGUGCUCAAUCAGGUCAGUGACUCGGAGACGGAAGACAUCAAUCGAUUGCGCAGUGCCAACAACGGACAAGGUCGCAACAAUGGAGCUGUUGCCGCCUCUCGACAAUACGGCAACAAAAUCACGAACGCCAACAGCAAUCGACGCAAAGCGCCCAACUUCAACAGUGGCACAGCCCUGCAAGAUGACUCCAGUUCGGAGGAAACACCCAACAUCGCCGCCGGCAAUAAGCCUGUCGUGCCGCCCAGGCCUCGAAAUUUGGGAUUCGAUCACAAGAGCAAACUGAACAGCAAUACUCCAGCCACUGCAGCCAAGCAGAGGGCCGGCGGACUUGAUGACUACGAGUCCGCUGAUUCCGAGGCGCAGGUGCACAAUGUGAUCAACAAGCUUUACACGACUACGCAGACUGCAAUGCAGCUGCACGCGAAUCUGAAGAACUCGUUGUUACUAAAGGAACUGGAAAAUGCUGUGAUUAUGUCUCGCAAUAUGCUUGGCAGUAUAACUCACAAUCGGCAAACUGAUAAAGCGCCCUCGAGCCAAAGCUACAAUCAUAGCGGGGGAGGAGCUGAGAUCGGAGACGGGCUCAGUCGUGAGCAGAUAUCAGCCACUGGCAAUCUGGAGAAUGGCCAAUACCUUAUGAUGGUCAAUAACUGUGCCGAUCUGCUAAGCAAUUUACGCACCAAGCACAAACCCGACGACUGUGAGAAUAACUCCUAGUGUGUAGCGCUUAUACUACUUGUUAGGUUAACAAUAAAUGGCAACUAAAUGGGCUAAAACAAACUAAUAUUUAUUAAAUCUAAUUAUCUAAAUCACUAAACCGGCAAAUGGCAGAGAUCAGCAACAAAACUAAAAUCAGAUCUAACUUAUUUCUAAUUGAUAUCCAUAAUAGUUAUUGUAAAGAUUUAAUUUGUUUUUAGUCAAGCUUUGUAGCUCUUAAGUAUUUGCGUAUUUGUGAGCGUGCAUUUCUUUAACUUUUUCUUUUUUUUUCUUUUGCCUUGGCCUUUAUUUAUAGAAAAUUCACUUUUGUAAAGUUUGAAUUGAAUUCUUAGCGCUUUAAGGUUAAUAAGCAAUUUAUAUUUGUUAAGUGUUAUCUUAGUUACGUUCGUCUAAAACGGAUGCCAGGCGUGUCAGAAUUGUAAAGAACGCCGAACAUUCUGUAUGUUUACUUUUUGUUUUUUUUUUCUCUUCCAUGUUUACAAUUUAGUCAUGGGACUAACCCAUGCCGAAAGGCAAAAACCAUCGGAUUAUUGAAAAGUGUUAGCAAGAAAAUGCAAAUGUUGUAUGCCAAUAUUUUGCAACUCUUUAUUUUAUAAACAAGCAUACAAACAUACAUAUAUAUAUAUAUACAAUGAUCAAGUGCUUCUAAUCGGCGGAUAAUGGCAAAAUUAUGGUCAAAUUUACAUAAUUCAAUUCUAAAGCACUAUUUUCUGUAAAUUAGAAGUUCAUUAUUUGAUUGUAUUUCAAGCACCUAUACCUAAGCAUUGACACUAAAUUUAUAAAAAUAUAAUUACACUCUACAUUACAAUAAUUUACAACUAAACAAAAUGUAUUAAAAUUAACUUAACCUAGAACAAAACCUAAAAUGAUUAUUUAUCUCCACAUAUGCUACUCACUCUAAAACUAUAGAUUUGUAAUUUGAUCGAAAGUAAUACAAAAGUAUAAUUUUUAAAAAUAUUAACUUUCUAUUUUUAUCGUUCUUCUUUUAACUACUAAAAUUCCACACUCCAGGCACUGUGUAAAUUCAAUUUUACAUUUAUCUUUCAAGUUUGCUUAGGGGCUUAACAGAUCUAAAGAAUGGCCUCGAUCCAUGCCGAAAAUAUCACAUUUGGUAUAUAUGUGUGCACAUAUACUACAUAUAAAGUGUAUUUUGUAUGAUGGGUUGCGGCAAAACCUAACAAUAUUUUAAUUCGUUAAAUCGUAAGCAAACUAAUAUGAACUAAGAAUAAAAGCGAAACUUUUAAUUGUGAGACUAUAAAAUAUAAUAAACUAGCGGGUAUUUCCCGGCCUUGCCCGUGGCA